AUGGCAAACUCCAAAUAUGCCUACGUCCGCGACUUUGAGCUUCCCGAUCCCCUCCUUCCCGGAGUGUUCAUGGUUCUUCGGAUAGAUGGACACUCUUUCCAUCGGUUCUCCGAAAAACACAACUUUGCGAAACCGAACGAUGUCCGUGCGCUGCAGCUCAUGGACCACGCCGCGCAGGACUUGAUGGAGGAGUAUCCCGAUGUCGUGCUUGGUUUUGGGGAGUCGGACGAGUUUAGUUUCCUCCUUCGAAAGUCCACGUCACUCUACAAUCGACGACACUCCAAGAUCGUGUCCACCCUGACGUCGUUGUUCACCUCAUCCUACGUCUUUCACUGGUCACGAUACUUCCCUGAUACCCCACUCGGUUACCCGCCGAGCUUUGAUGGGCGUAUCGUGCUGUACCCCGGGACGAAGGAGGUGAAGGAUUAUUUUGCGUGGCGGCAGGCCGAUACGCACAUAAAUAACUUGUAUAACACGACUUUUUGGGCCCUCGUUCAGCAGGGCGGGCAGACGACGACGGAGGCACAUUCUACGCUACGGGGGACGUUUGCAAAAGAUAAACAUGAGAUAUUAUUCUCGAGAUUUGGAAUAAAUUAUAAUCAGCUCGAUGCGCAGUUUAGGAAGGGCAGUGUCUUGGUUCGUGAGGAUCUUGAAGAAGAGAAGGAUGGAGAGGUUUCGCGUCGUCCGAAAUCGAAGGUUGUCAUGCUUCAUUGUGAUAUUAUCAAAGAUGAGUUUUGGGAGGAGCGGAGUGGGUUGUUGGUUGAGAGUUGA